CUAACCUCGCCCAAGUCAUAGUGUGUAUGUCGUAUUUUGAUUCUAAAAAAAAAAGUAACAGGAAAGUCACUGACAGUUGCAUUAAAAGGAAAUUCUGUACUGUAACAUCAUAAGGUAUAUUUGUAGAUUGUCACCAGUUGAAGUUGUCAAUUUCAAUGCAAAAUGCCAGGUGCAGUCGCAAAUGGUUAUGACUGGGAUGGUCGAGGAUACAGUAGACGUACCCCACGUGAGGAUUACAUGAAUCACCAGAAGGCUGAUCCACCUCGUGAUUACAGCUUAGAUCGACACAUCCGUCCCACCACGCCCACACGUCUGUGGGAUGGACCUUCUCGACCAACACAUUUGCCUCAGUCUCCACGAUCCCCGAGGCUGCCAGGCCCGGAAUAUGGACGGCAAGACUCGAGGACGACAUCACAUGAUAGUUACCCAGGAGAGAGAAAUGGAGAUGCUGAAGGUGUCCAGUAUGAAGUUGACCACUUGGCCACAUUUACAGUGGGCUCUAAAACAGGAUUGCUGCACCCUGAAGAUGGCAUCCGGAAGCUGAAGUUGAUGGACAGUACCACCGGGAUCUGGACGAUGAGGUGCACAUUGAUCCUGGAACAAAGGCAUAUCCUUGUCAUUGACAAGCAGCAGUCAGCUGAGAUAGAACGAUUCCCUCUCUCACUGGUGGUCGACCCGACAGCCAUGUAUAACAGAGAUCGUAAGGAGGUCUACAAUAACCUCCUGCUGUUCACCGUCCUGGAGGAUCAGAAGAAGAGGUCCACCACACUCACUGAAAUGCACAUCUUCCAAAUCAUAUCCUCACCUGCUCAAGAACUUGUGGAUGAAAUAAAGAAAUUCAGAGAAAGGCUUAAAGAGCCACUUCCGCCUAGUCGAAACCACUACAUUCCACCCGCUCCACAAGAACACGCACCGCAGCCACCUGAGAAUGGAAACGUCAAAGUCCAGGACCGAGUGUCGAACUUCAAUGCAAUGGCUGCACAGACCUCAGAUUUACGGCGUGUUGUGGCACGUCCACAGAAACGAAGUUCACUUGGCCGGGAUGGUGACGACGACUCCACACUCAGUGAAAAGACAGACAGAGAAGUUCAAAUCCUCAAUCACUGUUUCGAUGAUAUCGAGAAAUUUGUCGGGAGAUUGCAAAUGGCCGCCGAGUCAUAUAAAGAGCUUGUGAGGAGGAAGAAGAACCGUGGCAAGAACUCAAAGUCCAAGGGGAAGGUCGUCGGAGGGAACCCAUCAAAAAAAGGAGACAAUCUGAAGAGCCGACAAUUUGCACAGGUGCCAGAUGGUAUGCUUGGUAUGAGAGCAAGACCACCUCCACUUGAAGAUUUCGUUGAUAUAUUCAAAAAGUUCAAGUUGGCCUUCAACUUAUUGGCUCGACUCCAGCCGUACAUUCAUGACCCAAAUGCUCCAGAAUUAAUCCACUUCCUUUUCACACCGCUGAGCCUCAUCGUGGACGCCAGCAAGGAUCCAAACAUCGGCAUGCUGGACCUCGUCUCGCGAAUCGUCUCGCCACUGCUGACCACAGAGAGCAAAGACCUCUUGACUCACUGUCUUUCAUCGAAGGAAUCGGAAUUCUGGAUGUCGUUGGGCGAGGCGUGGACGUUAAGCAGAGAACAAUGGCAUGGCUAUGUUCCGCCGUAUUAUCCCAAAUUCUCAGAUGGCUGGCAGCCGUAUGCCCCUGGAUUAAACGAUUCGGCGGUGCAUGCUGACAUUUCUGCGGUCGUGAUGCAUCAAGCGGCACAAGUGAAGCGGAAGGAGGAAACCGACAAAGCCAGAACUGAGGCUGAGGAUCACGUCUUCCAGUACCCCCGUCCAAAUGAUCGCCAAUACAAUGACACGGUUUACAAAGAGCAACAGCUGCACCGACGUGAAGAACCUGAGCGUCCAUACUCCCCCACACCACCAGCCAAUACUCAGCCACCUCGUGAUCUGGUCGGGCCGGAUCCACGGGUAGCUGGUUACCAAGCUUAUGUGGAGAGACAUAUUGACAGAAACCUCGCGGUACAAGAAGACGCACAGCGAGGUCUGCUUGACACGGAUAUGGCAUGGGAUGAGCGACAGCGACAGUUCUACCGGGAGCUCCGGGGGAGGAACGCCAGGAUAUACGAAGUAAUCCAUGAGAGGACAGGCAGAAAUGCCAAGGAAUUGACCGUGGCGAAAGGAGAGGUCCUCGAGCUUAUUGAUGACUCGAGGAACUGGUGGAAGAUGCGUAACUCUGUCGGCGACAUGGGACACGCCCCCUAUACGAUUCUUCGUGAAUACGAGACGCCGCGUUACGACGAUACUGACGGGCUGUCACCGAGGGAGACAUCAAAUUUUGAUAAUAAUAAGGGUGGCCGUGCUAAGUAUAACAAUUGGACAAGAGAGUUAUAUAAUCGAGAACCAGAACCUUACGACCAUCGAGACAACGGUGCUAUGUUCAACACUCCAGCGCCGCCCCCUCCUCCACUUCCACCAAUCGCUCCUCCGGUCACAGCGCCGCAAUUUGAAAAAAAAUCUAAAAAAGUGAAUCGUAAAUCUAGAGUACCUGAAUCAGACAAGCCAAAGAAACCAGAACCUGUAAAUGCAAGAUCUCCCAAAGAUGACCUGCACAAUGAAUUGCUACAGAGAAUGUCGAUGGGUAAAAAUCGGAAUGCACACAAAGCGCCCAAGGCACCGACGCUCUACAUUAACGCCGACUCAACCUGGGAGGAAGUAGAAGAUUGGCUCAACUCAAAAACUUUUAGCCAAAGAGUGAUAGGUGCCGUCAGUGGCUACAGUGGCAUUGACAUCUUCAACGUCCCUCGCAAUGACAUCUACGACAUCGCCAUGAACCGUGAGGAAGGACACAGGCUCGAGAGUCUCUUGACUGUUCAGAAAAACAUUUGCGGGUACGGCACUCUCGGAUCGGGUGAACUGAAGGCCAUCCUCCGUCAGCGAAAGAAGCAUGCUGAAGACUUGCCGCCACGUCACCAGAACGAUCGAGACUACCUCGGUGCUCCGCCUGACUUCGUCCCUGCUACACCAGACUCCUUAUCAACAGCAUCUGAAAUGUGGCAGAACUAUUAAAAUGUGGCGGCAGAGUAUCAUUCAAGUGUCGUCGGAUGACUCCAACAACCCGUACCGAGGGCAUGAAGGAUGACAACUCCAUGGCAAUGACUAGCUUGAUCAGCAAUCACCACCCGCCCAACAUUGUACUAGCUGUCGAUAUAUGACCCAAAACAAAAACUUCAAAUUUUUGCCCAAAAGGAAAGGCAGCUUGAUUGUUAUUAUCCCUACCACGUCACUUGGCGGGGCUAUGGAAAUCAAAAUGUGCUCAAAUAGUACAUUGCCCAAUUGUUUUAUUCGAUAUGACUAUGUGGGCAAUGGUGAUUUGAUAGCGUUCAGGCAGGUUUGGUUUUGAAGGGAACUAUCUUGUCAUGCUUCUUCUUCCCAAAGUGGGUGUGCUAUUCAAAAUGUGAUAGAACUUGUGGACAUUCCUAUGCAAACUGGCGAAAGGACUUGUGAUAUAAAGGAUCAAUAUUGUAAUAUGGAGAGAGAGUUGUAGUGCUCUCCAUAUUCUAGGCAAUUAUUUUUUAGCCGUCCCUCUAAUUUUGUGCGAUCGAUGUACGGUAAAACAUUGCAGCCUUUUGGUAUAAAUGACCGGCAAAAUAUAGAUUCCAUUAAAGGUGAUAUCUGACAAUGGAUAAAUGGAUGGCAUCUCACGUCAACCUGGCAUCUGAUGAUGACAUCGACAGAUGCCAGGUUGACUUCAGGCAACAGGGGACAUGUUGGCUGGCAUCGUUAAUGGAGGUCAAGUCAACCUGGACUGUUAUAUAUGGCAAGUUGAUAUUGGGAAUUGCAGGUCUAAUUUGCUCAGUGUCAAACUUGGCUUGAUGUUCUGCAAUUUACUACCGGAUAUUAUGUCUCAAGUUGAUUCAGGUCAAAAGGAUCUGACUUCAGCAAUUUAGCAGUAGAGGUCAAAUUGAACCGAUGUCUGUGACAAUGGACAGAGGAAAACAAGCUGACUAUUUGCCCACGUUUGUAAGAACUGACCUGCAUGGAGGUCAAGGUGACCUGAUGUGAGAAUGAUAGUGGGUUGGGGGAGGGGGGGACAGCUGAAUUGACUUUUACAAUAUGCCAUACUAUGUUACUUAUCAUAAAGUCAAAGAAACUUGGCCUCCAUUAAAUUGUUUGACUUUAAACGUUGAUGCCCUGGGUUCAAAUCGGAGGAGAUAAAGCCUUGUGUAAACUACAAAGGACGAAAAUUUCAUAUUUAUUCUGAUCCUUAUAUUAUUCAAGGUGUAUGAAUCAAAUAGACAUUUUAUCAGCGUUCAUAUUCAAAGAAGAGGAGGAGGAGGGGGAGGGACGAAUUAGUUUAAAGGCCACGUACUUCUGGUCAGCACUAUGACGAAGGCCAAUUAAAUGUACAUGGCAAUGAGAAGGAAAUGUUACUGCAUCCAUGAAUUCUUGCUAGUACUGUAUAUAUUCAAAGGGAUCAAAGUGAGAAACGGGCAGUGUUUAAUUACCAUCAUUUGUAUAAUAACAAAAAUAUAUAAGGCUCACUUAUAUAUUUUUGAUAAUAGUCUUUUCAAAUGAUGACGGACAUGCAAUGCAGUUGCACUUAAGUACUUGGCCUAAAGGAAGUGUCGUAUUGUUCUGGUUCAACUAUUGUUAUCAUGACUCGUAUAUUUAAAGAAAUCUUUGUAUAAAAUCA